AUGGCCGCCCGUCCACAACUCUUUACCCGCAACCUCUCGGGCGUGUCUCCGAAUCCAGAGACCAACUCGCCCGCCGAGCAGCGCGAUGACGCCAAGCGCAACUUUAUGAAGGCCAUGCGGCCGCUACCCACGCAGCACUACUGGAACGUCUACUUUGACCGUGGUCAAGAAACUAACAGAGUCAAACAAUCAAGGAGCCAAUCUAGCGAUAGCAAGCCUGCCAAUGGCGAGUACACUGCCCAGAUCGAGAAGCUCGACAUCCAGAUCGAGUCGGUCCAGGAUUUUUGGCGCUACAGCAACAACACCCCCGUCGCCCAGAUCAAGAUGCGCGAGUCGAUAUACCUCUUCAAGUCCGGCUUCCGCCCCGUCUGGGAGGAUCGCCGCAACAUCACCGGCGGCAGCUACACCUUCCGCGUACCUCGCGCCCAAGGGCCCGAUGUCUGGAGAUCGGUGCAGCUGCUAGCCAUCGGUGAGAAGCUGCAAGAAGUCUUGGCUGAUGACGACCAAAUUUGCGGCGUCGGUCUCUCGGUCCGCUUCAAGUGGCACCUCAUCACGGUUUGGAACCGCGACGGAAGUAACCAGCGGUCCAUCGACGGCAUCUUUAAUUGCGUCUUCAACGAGCUUCCCGAAGAGCUGCAGGCGCGCUCCGAUAACUACUUUUACAAGAAGCACGCCGACCACGAGGGCUUCAAGUGCCCCCCGGAACUGCAGGGCGUCGUCGACGCCCAUCGCCGCAAGUCGAUGGCCGCCAGCAACCCCACUCCUUCGCCGGACGUCGCGCCGAGCGCUGACGCGCCGACAGUGUCUAUCCAGUCGCCGCAAUGA